AUGACUAGGGAUUAGUUUGCUAACUUGGAAAGGUGGACAGAGGCAGAAAGAAUGGCUGCAUUUUUAAUCCUCUGAAUAUUCAUCUGAACCUGAUCUAUUGACAAAAUACAGGCUUUUAUUUAUUUUAUGUGUCAAAUACAAUAUUUUUAUUUAUAUUUAUUUAUGUAAAAUUUAUAAUCUGUAGUAGUGCUGCUGUUUGAUGAUGUCUAUCUAUUUGUAAAAUAUUGCUCUUCUCACUUUCUUGGCAGUCACACCACCUACAUGGAACCAGGAAACGACACACAGGUUUUAGAAUUUAUUCUUCUUGGACUUUCAGAAGUGGAAGAACUGCAAUCCCUUCUUCUUGGGCUGUUCCUGUCCAUGUACUUGGUCACAUUUAUUGGGAACCUUCUCAUCAUCUUGGCCACCAUCACUAGCUCCCAUCUCCACACUCCCAUGUACUUUUUCCUUGCCAACUUUUCCUUUGUAGAUAUAUGUUUCACCUCCACCACUAUCCCAAAGAUGCUGCUCAAUAUCCAUACCCAUAACAAAACCAUCACCUAUCACGGCUGCCUCACCCAAAUGUAUUUUUUCAUUCUUUUCGUAGAGUUGGAUGGUUUUCUCCUUUCUAUCAUGGCCUAUGACCGGUUUGUGGCCAUCUGUCACCCACUGCACUACACAGUCAUCAUGAAUCCCAGACUCUGUGUCUUGCUGCUGCUGUUGUCCUGGAUAUUGAGUGUUCUGGACUCUCUGCUACGUGGUUUGCUAGUGUUGCGUCUGUCCUUCUGUACUAACUUGGAAAUUUCCCACUUCUUCUGUGAAAUCAAUCAGGUUAUCCAACUUGCCUGUUCUGACACCCUUCUCAAUAUCAUAGAGAUGUAUUUUGCAACUGUGGUGAUGGGCAUUAUUCCCCUCAUUGGUAUUGUAUUUUCUUAUUCUCAGAUUGUCUCUUCCAUACUGAGAAUUACAUCAGCAAGGGGAAAAUAUAAGGCAUUUUCCACUUGUGGGUCUCACCUUUCAGUUGUUUUAUUGUUUUAUGGUACAGCUCUUGGAGUCUACCUCAGUUCUGCCACUACCCAAAAUUCCAGGGCCAGUGCAAUAGCCUCAGUGAUGUACACCAUAGUCAUACCCAUGCUGAAUCCCUUUAUCUACAGCCUGAGGAACAAAGACAUAAAAGGGGCAUUGAAAAUUCUUGUUGGUAUUGUCACUUCAAAUGAGUGAUAAAAAUGUUUGUCUUGGGGCUAGACAAGAGUCCACGAGUAUCCAGGAACCACAUUGACAUUCAGAAAUUCUGAUUUUUUUUUGUUCACCUGUCUCUGAAUUUCCAGACAUUUCUGGCAUUUUAUGUUUCUACUUUCCUGAAAGUAAUUUCCAACUUUGGAGCAGAACUAAUUUGAGAGUAUCCACUCAUUUAAAGUGGUUAAUAGUUAUUUUUAAAAAUACACUGUCUUCAAUUUCAUUUUCUCUUUCAUGGCAAAAUUAUGAUGAGGGAUAAAAAUCUUAUGGGAUAAUAAAGACUUGGAAUUUAAAUUUUUGUUCAUGAUUCCCUGUGUAUUAGAAUUCUAAGGUCUUCUUUAUUAAACUUGAGUCAGGUUUUCUUUUCUGUAUUCUUAUUCGAGUCAUUUUCAUAAUAUAGACCCUAAUAUAUUUAAUUAUUUUAUAACUUGUCUGAGACAUUUUAGUGCCUUCACUGAGGCUGUUUCUCUUGCUUUUCUGUGCCUAGUAUGA